GCACUGUGAAGCUUUGUAGAUAUAAAGACGCUCUUCCCCACAGAAACCACCUCCAAGACAACCUGAUCCUUGAGUGCUGGUUCUUUGGACAGAACUGGCUCUGCUGUAGAGCCCUGGUUCUGCACUAGCCUUUUUCCUUUCUCUCCACUGCCUUCUGGGAAAAAUAUGCCUCUUGUUACCUUGCUUCUUGUGGCAUUAUGGAACACGAACACAAGGUGCUGAAGUUCCAGCAGAGAAUUGCCACGGUCCCUCAGGUCAUGGGAGCUUGGUCUCUCUCCCUCCAUGACGGUAAUCACCAAACCAGGUGGUCUCACUAAUUAGCUUCAGUUUGUGGUUUGCUUAAAGCAGGAUCAAGGCAGGAUGGAAAUAGCUGCUGGUGUUGUUCCUUCCUUAAGCUGGUGCAGAAGCAGAUUGUGCAUGGCAUAGCCACAUCCUAUUUUAGUACUGACGCAACUUCCAGCCAAACCUCCAGGCAACAUGGAAACACACACGCCUGACUUUACUCUACCCUCCUCACACACAACUUUCAAAGGACGGAAGACAGCAAAAUCAGCAGAGGACUCUUUUUCAGCCUACAACAGCAAAUACCUCACUGUUCCUCAGAACCGGACUUCCUGGCACAAAAGCGCAACCAGUAGAGCUCUUGAAGCAUCAGUGGUGUCCUACAGAAGUUCUAUUAUCAACAACUACCUGGAAGCGACCCAGGGAGGGGUGAGGGACAAGGCCUCCCCGAGUGGCCUGCACUUCAGGGACAGCAAGAGGAAGGUUGACUAUGUCUUGGCCUACCACUACCGCAGACGCCUGGCCCAGCGCGCCCCCAGCACAGCCUCCCCGGAGCUGAGGCAUGGAUCUGCCUCUGCAGCCCUGGUUUCGAAUGGAGGCACCAGGAAGGGCUGUGCUGAGCCCCAGCAGCAGCAGCAGGACGCUGGCCAGCGUGCCCUGCGGGAGUGGCCAGGGCUGCCGGGCCUGGAGGUGGUGGACCUCAGCCCACUGGACGCCCUGGAGGAGGAGAGGCGGCUGCAGCGGGAGGAGUAUGAACGCAACCUGCUGGAAGCAGGGCUGGAGCUCGAGAAAGACCCUGAGAGCAAGAGCCAAGGACUGAGUUUUGUCCGUAUACAUGCACCUUGGCAAGUUCUCAGUCGAGAAGCAGAACUUCUAAAGAUAAAAAUGCCCACUAAAAAGAUGUAUGAAAUCACAGAAGAAAAGGGAAUACUCAAAAUGUUAAAUGAAAUUUGGUGCAAACUGACUGAACCUCUGCAACCCCAGGUGCCACGACAAGAAAAUACCAAGAUGAAAACCUUAUCCUACCCAUUUUCCAGAGAGAAAAUAUAUUUGUAUAACAUCAAAGACAAAGACACCUUUUUUGACAAUGCAACCCGCAGCCGAAUAGUGAGGGAAAUUUUGAAGCGCACAUCUACCAAGGCCAGAAACAGCAUGGGCAUUGGCACGUUAAUAGCAAACAAUGUUUAUGAUGCAGCCUACCCACUUCAUGAUGGUGACUAUGUAGGCCAAAAUGAUGACAUGAAUGAAAGAAAGUUGCUGUAUCAGGAAUGGGCGAGAUAUGGAGUGUUUUACAAGUUUCAGCCUAUUGAUCUCAUAAGGAAGUAUUUUGGAGAAAAGAUAGGACUUUAUUUUGCAUGGCUGGGUUUAUACACAGAAUUCCUCAUUCCAUCUUCAGUAGUUGGGAUUAUUGUAUUUCUGUAUGGAUGUAUAACCAUUGAAAGUGACAUUCCUAGCAAAGAGAUGUGUGACCAACGCAAUGCCUUCACCAUGUGCCCCCUGUGUGACAAGUUCUGUGAUUACUGGAACCUCAGCUCUGCCUGUGCCACCGCUCGAGCAAGUCACUUGUUUGACAACCCUGCCACAGUUUUCUUCUCCAUCUUUAUGGCUCUCUGGGCUACCAUGUUCCUUGAACAAUGGAAGCGUUUGCAGAUGAGAUUGAGUUACUUCUGGGAUCUAACUGGACUGGAAGAAGAAGAAGAGCAUCCCAGGCCAGAGUAUGAAACCAAACUGCUGCAGAAAAAGCUGAAAAAUAAAAACAUCACAACAGAAAAUUCAAAUGAGAGGUUGUGA